AUGUCGCGCAUCUCCGGUACCGAGCACCAGGAUAUCUGUUGCGCGCUCCUCGGCGUCAUUAUCGACCUACCUCUCCCUCACCACUACAACAGCAAGCGCGCGUACAAUGCGGUCUGCGGCCUACUCGAUUUCGUGUACAUCGCGCAGCUUCCCGAGGCUACGGAUGGGACGCUCAAUAACCUGAAAGCGGUGCUCAAGCGCUUCCACGACAACAAGAAGAUUUUCCUUGACCUCGGCGCCCGCAAACACUUCAACUUGCCCAAGAUCCAUGCCCUCGCACACUACUUCGACUCCAUACGGCUCCUCGGUACGGCCGACAACUUCAACACCUCGUACUCCGAACGCCUUCAUAUCGAUUACGCGAAGCUUGCAUGGCGCGCAUCCAACCGCAAAGAUGAAUACCCGCAGAUGACGCUGUGGCUGCAACGCCGCGAGCAGAUACGCACUCACGAGGCCUACGUGCGAUGGCGUUUGGCCGACCGACCGGCCUUCGAAGACAUCGUCCAAGCACCGCUCCCGCGAGCGAUCAAAUUCAAGCGGACGAUCGUGCGUUACCCAAACGUGAAAUCGUUGCCGUUUGCAAAGGCCGAGACGGUGUAUGGCACGGAGGGUUUCGAGGCGAAGUUGAACAAAUGGGUCUUGAAGACGAAGAACCCGACCAGUUCCGAUCGUGAUAUCGCGAGGGCGGCGCCAGGGUAUGUCCUGCCAUGUCGUUCAGUGAGCGCGUAUCACCGCAUGAAGUUCUGGCAUAAGGAUGCGCUGGAGAGGGAGGGGGACCAGGUGCCGGAGCUGCCGGAUUCGAUAUCGGCGAGGCCAGCAUAUAAGGACACGCAGUUGAGGCAGAUGCAGGGCAGGUUUAACACUGCCCUCAUAGACGAGUACGGCAAAGGCGGUCAUAUUGGGGUUGAUGGGUACCGGGUCGGCCAAGUGCAACUGAUAUUCAGCCUAUCUGAGAAGGCUCGUGAGAAGGCUUUCGGUGCUAACACUGCGAGCGUCCCCAAGCAUCUGGCGUACAUCCAAUGGUUCACCAGCUUCAGUCGGCGGGGACCUGAAAAGCACGUCGACAUGUACCGUGUCAAGCGCAACAUCGUCGAUAACGAACCUCUCGUUUCUAUCCUCCCCAUCGACCGGAUCCGGCGCAGCGUGUCCCUCCUCCCCAAGUAUGGCCCGCGCAUAGACCCCACCUGGAACAGCGACAACGUGCUACAGAAGUGCCAGUGGUUCUACGUUAAUUCUUUCUCUGAUAAACACGCUUAUUUAACCAUUGUUUAA